AUGACAGACACCACCCAGAUUGGCCUUCAGUCGACGGACGUUCUGCCCUACGAAACAAUAACAAAGGUGGAGUUCGAGACGCGUCGAGACCGCCAUGAUUUUGUGGAAUGGGGCGUAUUCAAUAGCGCUUUUUACGGUACCAGUCGACAGAGUAUCGACUCCCUCGUUCAGGCCGGCAAGGUCUGCUGCCUCGCACUUCGACCUGACGUGAGUAUGAGCCACAAGUGUUGUGUAAAGAAGCAACGCCUUGCACUGGCCAGGAACAGGUUGCGUCUCAUGGACACACUUACAAUGUCCGACCGGGUACUUGAACGAAUGGGAGAUUUCAGUCUAAACCUCCUGUCUCAGAAAUUUAUCGAAAAAUACUUUGUACUUCAUUAUCGUUCAACAGAGAACCUCACUAUUUUAUUUAUACUCUCAUCUGCCCCUAAUGUAUAUACACCACAGUCUGUACGUGCUAUGCGAAAUACUGGCCUUCUGCCCUACGUUAUCUUCAUCUCCCCGCCAGAGCGUCUGGACGAAUUUCGCAAGCUUCGGGCACGUCUAGGCGAGACAUACGACUGCACAGUGAGUUACUUGUUCAGCUUUAUCGCAUCUUGA